AUGGUGAACAGAAUCGAAUUCAACGUUGACCAGGCUGCGGAUUAUGUGCAGUCAGCGAAAAAAGAAACGAAGAAAGCGGUUAAAUAUCAGAGCAAAGCAAGGAGGGUACGUUGGUUACAUUUUGAUCUAAACUAGGGGAAUUUUUGAAUCUAGAUAUUAAUAUUAUUAUAUUUAUAUUUAACCAAGAUACUCCCAUCACCAAACUGCUUUUCAGUGGGGUCCUACAAUUAGAAACUUCAAUGAUCUAUUACAGUAUAACAUGCAAUAACAUACAUUAUUUACGACACAAUAAUUUAUCCAGGGUGCGAUUAUUCGCGUACUUACGUACCGGAGGUACGCCAAUAUUACUGUCUGGUACUUCUUUGUUUUCAGUCACGUACCACGUAGGUACGCGGAACUCUUGCUAUCUGCGUACUUAUUUUUUGCUGGUAGCACAUGACCUUUCCAAGUCCAAGGUAUUCAGUACCGUAAUUUAGUUGGUAUAUCAUGUGUCUGAGAUGUCUUGGCAUGAAACAUGAUUGCACUGAUGGCACUAAGAAACGUUGGAGUCGGUUGUUUGAAAUAGCAAAACACCCUUUUCAAAUAGCAAAACUCCCGUUUCAAAUAGCAGAACUCCCGUUUCAAAUAGCAAAACUCCCGUUUCAAAUAGCAAAACUCCCUUUUCAAAUAGCAAAACUCCCUUUUCAAAUAGCAAAACUCCUUUUCAAAUAGCAAGACUCCCUUUUCAAAUUGCAAAACACCCUUUUCAAAUAGCAAAACUCCCUUUUCAAAUAGCAAAAUUCCGUUUGCUAUCUCGUAGUCUGAACAUACUUUUCAGAAACCUGUACUUUAUGAACCUUACUUUUAAAGACUAAGUACACAUUGAGUACUGAGUUUGUUCUAGCGCAAGUACGCGGCAACAACUAUUGGCGUACCAGUCAGGUACGACUAAAAAUCUUGAAUGAUUGCACCCUGAUUUAUCUAAAUAAGUAAAAUUAGACAAACAAAUGGGAUAUAAAGAAUAAUUGCAAGGAAUAUUGCACAUGCAAACAUUACAAUUGACUCCAGCAUUGUCUGUUUGACGCUAAGACAUGUCAGACUUACACAUAUACAUACUUAAUUACGGUUUUAGAAAAUUGGCUGGUUAUAUAGUGAUAAAGCGAAAUGUAAGUAUACGCAGUGGUACACACGUCAAAACGCACAAGUUGUAACAAACCUGCAGCAGACUUGUAGCAAUGCUGUUCCAACAACUUGUCAACAGGAUGUGUUCGCACUGCUUGUUCCCAGCUUGUUGACAACUCGCUACAAGGUUGUUGAGCUCAACAGACUUGUUGCAAGUUGUUCCAACAACUAAUUCAACAAUUUGUCAACAAGUUGUGAGUGACAACCUUGUAGCAACUUCUUAAAAUAACAGCAUUGUUACAACUUGUUGGCAGGCUUGCUACAAGCCUGUUGUGAACACAUCUUGUUGACAAGUUGUGAGAUUUGUAUGUGUGUACUUGACAGACCAUACUAUUGAGUAAUGUCCUGACAUGAUUUUUCUUUCUUGUAGAAAAAAAUCAUCGUAUUCAUUCUCAGUAGCGUAGCCAGCCCGACGAUUUAGUCCCGCUAUGUAAAUAUUUUCGUGUUCAUUGACUGUGAAAACAAUCAAUUUCUAAAGAAAUGAAUAAUGAUAAUAAUUUUGAAUUUACAUAGCGGGACUAAAUCGUCGGGCUGGCUACGCCACUGUUCAUUCUGUGUUUGAUUCUACUGGGUAUCAUCAUCACAAUAGUCGUCGUAACACAACAGAAUUGAUAGUUUUUCUUUUUUGUAGAAAAAGAUCUGCGUAUUUGUUCUCUGUUUGGUGCUACUUGUUAUAAUCGGCGUGAUAAUCGCGACCCAGGUAUAG